AUGGCAUCAAACGAUCAUCCCGUCAUCAUUGUCGGCGGCGGACUGGCGGGUCUUGUUGCGGCCUUCGAGCUCUCCAAACGCGACGUCCGGACGGUUAUUGUGGACCAAGAGAAUGAAGCGAACCUCGGUGGACAAGCUUUUUGGUCCCUUGGGGGUUUGUUUUGUGUAAACUCGGCUGAGCAACGCCGUCUGGGUGUCAAAGAUAGUCGCGAACUGGCAAUGCAAGACUGGUUGAACACUGCGCGUUUUGACCGUGACUGCGACUUCUGGCCCAAAAAAUGGGCUGAGGCAUUCGUCGAUUUCGCGACCGAUCACCUGGAACGCUAUGUCAAGUCGCUGGGGCUGGGCUUCGCCAGUGUUGGAUGGGCCGAGCGAGGCGAUGGCCGCGCGGGAGGACACGGAAACUCCGUUCCUAGAUUUCAUCUAGCAUGGGGCACAGGUCCAGCAGUUCUGGAGGCAUUCGAGAAGCCAGUCCGGGCUGCGGCAGAGGGAGGACUGGUUGAGUUCAAGUUCAGACACCAAGUCGAUGGGAUCGUUGUCGACGAGAGCACCGGUGCGGCUAUUGGUGUCCGAGGUCAAGUGCUCGAGCCGUCUGACACUGCGCGUGGGGUCGCGAGCAAUCGGAAGGGUGUUGAUGCCUUCGAAUUGUACGGCAGCAGUGUCCUUGUCACUAGCGGGGGCAUUGGUGCCAACGUUGACCUGGUCAAGAAGAACUGGCCUCUGGAUCGGCUUGGCCCGCAUCCACCGUCGAGCUUCGUCGUCGGCGUCCCUGCAUACGUAGACGGCCGCAUGAUUGAAAUCGCCCAAAAAGCAGGGGCCAGCGUGAUCAAUAGCGAUCGUAUGUGGCAUUAUACCGAAGGAUUGAGAAACUGGGACCCCAUCUGGCCGGAGCAUGGAAUCAGGAUUAUCCCUGGGCCCUCCUCAUUGUGGCUCGAUGCUACCGGGAAACGCUUACCACCAAUGCUUUACCCUGGAUGCGAUACCCUGGCAACUUUAAAGCAUAUCUGCGGCACAGGAUAUGACUAUACCUGGUUCAUACUCAAUAAGAGUAUCAUCGGCAAAGAGUUUGCACUUUCUGGCUCGGAACAAAAUCCAGACGUGACCAACAAGAAUCUCCUCAUGACACUCCGACGAAUCCUCAGCUCAUCGCCACCUGGUCCUGUGCAAGCGUUCAUGGAUGAAGGAGUCGAUUUUGUGAUCGAACCUACCAUUCCCGGACUGGUGGCCGGAAUGAACAGGCUCGGCAAAGAGCAGGGCGGACCUGUCCUCGACGUUGAGCAAAUUAAACGCGAAAUUUAUCUCCGGGAUAUCCAAAUCAACAACAAAUACACCAAAGAUGCCCAGCUGAUGCUUAUCCGGAAUGGACGUAAUUAUUUGCCGGAUCGACUCGGUCGAGUAAUGAAACCCCAUAAACUUGCAGAUCCACGUCAUGGUCCCUUAAUUGCCGUGCGUCUGAACCUCCUGACACGGAAGACCUUGGGAGGGCUUGAGACGGACCUACAUGCAAAUGUACUCCGUCCAGAUGGAUCGCGUUUCCCGAGCUUGUAUGCCGCAGGCGAGGUCGCAGGGUUUGGUGGAGGGGGAGUUCAUGGGUACAGUGCACUUGAAGGGACCUUUCUAGGGGGGUGCAUCUUCUCGGGACGGACAGCAGGUAUAAGAAUAGCUGAGGUAGCAGGGAGACCACUACGAUCAUCUUUGUAGCAGCUCUUUAAUGUGCGUGACCUCUGACAUUACAACUCUUGUCAACUCUAUUACCGUUCUCGGUUCUAUCAUAUAGAAAAAUAGUACAUCACUCUCGAGGAAAGCAAAGGGGCUAUAGAGA